GGUUGGACUAUAAAGGGCAGGCUUUGGCAGAGGGGACAUCUUGCUCCAGCACGCAGUUGAUUAAACAUCAGUUUAUUUCUGUCCGUUCAUGAUGCAUUUGUAUGGAGCUCUGAUCCUGUUUGUGACCCUGUCUGCAGCAUGUGGACUGAGUUGCUACUCAUGUAUUGGCCAAACCUGCAACGACCAGAUCACUUGUCCCGCCGGCUUUGACCGUUGUUCCACCCUCUUAGUGAACGAUAUCAUGACCAAGUCCUGCAUGAACAACAAGUUAUGUGUCGACCCCAUACAGUGCUGUACCAGCAACUUGUGUAACAGCGCCAUGCCCACUGGUUCCAGUGUCCUCCUGCUGUUGGCAUCCUCGGCCAUCAUCACACUCUUUCUGUGAGCCACUGGAGCAGCUACAGCUUAACAACAUUCGUCUUCAUUCAUACCCAAAUGUGUACAACUCAAGAAGAGUAAACAAAGUCUCAAUAUGUAAAAGCUGACUGCAAUAAAAACCCAAUAUAUGUUCGGCCA